CCUCUCAAGACGAGUAGACUCUCACUGCGUGGUGGUCGCCCAGCCGUACGUGCUGCACGUCGUGGCCGUCAUGCUGGUCAUCCGGCUGUGCCGCUCGCUGAGCCUGUUCGACCGCGCCGCCGUGGUCGUGAUCCGCCACAAGGGGACGCGCGUGCGCUCGCUGAUGCUGGCCUUCUCCGCGCUGUCCCUGCUCGCCACGCUGUUCCUGGACAACGGCGUCACCACGCUGCUGAUGGCGGCGCUUAUUGAGCGCGCCGCCAAAGCGCUGCAGGACAACACCAUCCAGGCUUACCAGAAGAGGGCGCUCUUCAACAAGGCUACGCGUGGCUUCUCUCGCCACCGUCGCAAGACGUUCGAGGACCUGCUGAUGCGAGACGCGGAGCAGACCGAGGCCACCGCGCACCAGCAGUCCCAGGCGCUGCAGCAACACGACCAGCCGUGCUCGCCAGCGCCUUCUGCGGAGCGCUCCAAGGACGAGGACGUCGCCGUCUGGGAGGCGUGCGAGCAGCAUCCCGCCAAAUACUCGCCAUCGCUGGCUUCGAGCAUGAAGGAGACGAGGAAGCCGUCCCUGGCGUCCAAUUUGAAGUUCCGGCUUCACGACAGUUGCGUGCCCCGGCGGAUAUCCAUCAUGGAGCGCGGCCACGUGGUGUUGCCAGGAAUCUCGUCGCCCACGCCACCACGAGCCCGUGGCAUUGGAAACAGCGCAAACCUUUCUCGACGUAUGACGCUGAUGUCAACUGCAGCCAUGGACUCUAUCGGACUCAAGGAAAUCGCUUCGUGGGAAACAGAGCGGUACACGUCGUUACAGCGGGACCUACUGCUGGGCGCGGUCAUGGUGACGGUCAUCGGCUCCAUUGUCACCCCACGGGGAAACACGGCCAACGUCUUCCUGUUCAGCUACUUGCAGAUGAGGUUCUCGAACUUCGUGCUGCACAUAACCAGCUGGGUGAUGAUCAUCUUUCCCGUUGUUGGCUGCGCUCUCUUGGCCUGUCUUUCCGUCAUAUACUUCGUCCUAGUGCGACAAUACGAUGCCGAAGAGGACGAGAAUGCACGUUUGGAGAUCCUCAAGGUCAUCGAGAAGCAGAGUGAAGACCUUGGAGCACUGACGCCCGUCGAACGCCUCGUCGUCGUCGCGGUCGUCGUGACCGCCGCACUCUGGCUCGCCGUCCACGUGAUCGCCUUCUUCGCGAACGGGGGACGCUUCACGAGCCUCAGCGAUCAGCAGACCCUGGUGCUGGACUACUUGCUGGUCGCACUGCUGUCGUCGGUCGCCGCCCAGUGGCCCGCAGGCCGGACGGAGGAGGGCGCGGCCGCCGCGAGUCCGCCGUGCGCCGUCGACUGGCGCGCCCUGGUGCCCCACAUACUUUGGGGACCGCUCGUCAUCCACGGCUCAGUGUCGUGCAUCGGACCCGCUCUGCAGGUGAGCGGUGCGGCGUACUGGAUCCAGGCACUGUUGAACGAGUUCAACCUGUUCCCGCCGACGACGAUCCAGAUCGUGCUCGCCGUGCUUUCCUCCGUGCUCACCGAGUUCAUCAGCAUUGACGUCACUGUCGCCACGCUGCUGCCCAUCGUCGUUGACCUGGCCCUGAAGAUACCCUGCAACCCGCUGUACUUCGCCAUUCCCGUGGCGGUCGCGUCGUCCACGACGCUCGUCCUUCCCACGGCCGCCAUGUCGAUCGCCAUCCUCGACGACGUGCUCACUCCGAGCCGGCGCAAGAUGCUCAUCCACGGCACGGUGGUGAAGCUGGUGACGGUGACGUCACUCAUCUUCUCGAUGAACACGGUGGGCGAGAUGCUGUUCUCGUGGAGCGAGUUGCCCAGCUGGGCGCAACAGCGGCCGGCGCCCAACGCCUCCUCCACCGCUGCCAUCCAGCGGCUCCUCCGGGGACUCUGAAACGCUGCGCAGCUCGCAGACGCGCCUCCCGUGCGCUGCGCCGUGACGGGCCACGCCGAACUGCCGGUUGCUUGUUCGCGAAAACCUUGUUGCAUUUCUUUCUUGAUCUACGCAUGCUUACGGAACGCUUAAGUGCAACGACGGCUGUUGCCCUACCACACCUGUUGUCGAGCCUCCUGGAAGACAUGAAGGCGUUUUCGCGCACGUUGCGCGUGAUCGGUAAAGGCUGCGCUCCUAAGCGAGGCCGCAACUCGCUCAGACCUCGGCCGCGCUCUUUUGCCAAAAACAUUCGACCAUGAUUCUUUCAUUCUGCUGGUGCAUGUAUGUCAAACAUAUAGUUCUAUUUUCUAAGCUA